UAUAAUCAUUUUUUCUAUGAUAAAACUGGUGCCCCUCUUCAGGAGAACUGGUCUCAAUUUAUUAUUAUGCAACCACAAGGAUCUCUUCUUUCUCAGGGUGUAUAAGCUGCUGGAUUGCUUUUCGCCCAAAUCAAUGUGGUUUCUUUGGAACAUUUUCAGCAAAGGAUCGCAUAUGCUGCAGUGUCUUUGUGGCAAGAGUCUUAAGAAAAACAAGAACCAAACUGAUCCCCAGCUCAAGGGUAUAGUGACCAGGUUAUAUUGCAGGCAAGGCUACUACUUGCAAAUGCACCCCGAUGGAAGUCUCGAUGGAACCAAGGAUGACAGCAGUAAUUCUACGUUAUUCAACCUUAUACCAGUGGGACUUCGAGUUGUUGCUAUCCAGGGUGUAAAGACUGGGUUGUAUAUAGCCCUAAAUGGAGAAGGUUUCCUCUACACAUCAGAACUUUUUACACCGGAGUGCAAAUUCAAGGAGUCUGUUUUUGAAAAUUAUUAUGUAAUCUACUCAUCCAUGCUCUACAGACAACAAGAGUCCGGAAGGGCCUGGUUCUUGGGGCUGAACAAAGAAGGGCAGGUCAUGAAAGGAAACAGAGUGAAGAAAACAAAACCAGCAGCUCAUUUUCUACCCAAGCCAUUGGAAGUUGCCAUGUACCGAGAACCAUCUUUGCAUGAUAUUGGGGAGACAGUGCCAAAGGCUGGGGUAACUCCAAGUAAAAGCACAAGUGCAUCUGCAAUAAUGAAUGGCGGCAAACCAGUUACCAAGAGUAAGACAACAUAGCCAGAUCCUCACAGGUGUUGUGACUUACUGAGUCCUGAGUGCAGUUGAGUGAUUUAUCCUUCCCAGACUCCCCCUCUGAAGUGUCUGUGGAGCAGCUUGGGGCAAAGUCUCGAGACUGCCCCAUGGCUGUUUCUGAACUGAGUGGUUGCGAGCGGAUAAACCUCAACGCGUAGCUCCACCCGCGGCAAGGAGACACCUGGAUGAACCAGCUGAACUCAGACCAUGGAAUGCCCUACCAGAUAUUGGAAUGCCUUUUUAAUAUCUUUUCUGUGACUGUGACACUUCAUGUGAAUGACAUACUUCACAAGUACACUUGAUACCUUGCCUGCUGACAAUUGCCCAUAAUCCCUUUUUGAGUCCAGUUUCAGCAAAAUCCAUGUGUUUAAGUUCUAUUUUGUAGCACACAAAUAAUCAAGUAAUUUCUAGGUAGAUGCUGUAAACCUGUGCUAUUAUGGAUUUCUCUUCUUCCCUUUUUUAUAAGGCUGCUCGCUCCACUGUCUGUGACUUUUUGCAGGGAUUGUGUUUCUCUAUAACUUAAGUGUUGCCGGUGGCUUAGUUUUGAAAGCAAUCAGGGAAUCAGGAAGCCUUCAAAAAUCU